UUAUCAUAACAAUUUUGGGGCACCGGAAGUUAGUGUUUCACCAUAUUGGUUUUUGUUGACAUUGGUGAGGAAUUUCUUGCCUACGAAAUUAGUUUUUUUGUACAUCAGAAAAGCAAGAUGCCAGCAAAAGCAGAAGACAUCAUGAAAGGCUUUAAACUAAAUUGGAUGAAUUUGAGAGAUGCUGACAAUGGCAAAAUUUUAUGGCAGUCAAGUGAUGAUCUAUCAGCUCCAGGGCAAGACCAUGAAGCAAGAGUUCCAAAGAAAAUAUUAAAGUGUAGAGCAGUUUCUCGGGAAAUUAAUUUUUCGUCUAAGGAAGCCAUGGAUAAAUUCAGAUUAGAGCAGAGAGUCUUAUUUAAAGGAAAAUGUCUAGAAGAAUGGUUCUUUGAGUUUGGCUUUGUAAUACCUGGUUCCACUAACACUUGGCAGUCUGUGAUAGAAGCUGCCCCAGAGAGUCAAAUGAUGCCAGCAAAUGUUUUAACGGGUAAUGUAAUCAUAGAGACACAUUUUUUCGACGGUGAUCUCCUAGUCAGCAAGUCCAAAGUGAAGAUAUUUUAUGUAUAGAACGGUUCACCAAGGCUGCAAUUUUCCAUUUCGCUGGUGUGUAGAAGAUUACAAUUCUGUUGAUUUUAUGAAAUGAAAAGAAUGAUGACACCUGUGUUAGUAAAUCAUGAAUUAUAGUUGAUCACAAACAGGACUCGCUCUGCUGUCAAGGUCAUGGACUCGGACUUUGGAUCUUCCUUUGUACAAUGAUUGAAAGACGACAUAGAGUUACUGUUCCUGUUGUGCACUUAAGAUAAAAAUCAUAAUUAAUUGAUAGUCUUAGAUAUACAUGAUCUAUAUUUUGUGGUUUCGUUGUAAUUUAAACUUGAUAUCAGUUGAUAUGCUAAGGUUCCUCAAAACCUCAUCUUUCUUCUUGACUGUGGCAUAGUAUAGAAAUCAUUAAUGAAUUGAUAUGGAAACUUUGAUAGUAACCUGUAGAAUCUGCACCAUUAGAGGUUCUUUUGAUACAAUUUUGUAGAAUCCUAAGCAAAUUCUUUCAUGUGUGUUUAUGUUCACUUGAAAUUGCUGUCAUUUUGUACUUGGAUGAAUGUCUACAUAUUAUGCUUCUGAUAUGAUUGUCUUGAAAUUCAUGUUGAGAGAAUAGAAAAAUCGAAAUGCUUGAAGGAAGUAAGAAUGAUUGUGGUCAUUGAGAGUGAGUGAACAAGUCUCCAUUGCUAUGAGAUUAUUUAUAUAUCUGUGUCUUCAUAUUUUAUGUCUUUUGAUCUCUCAUUUGUUCACAAAAUAAUGAUGGUUGCAUGAAAACCGUACAUUUCUCUGUUGUUUUGAGUUGUUACGUGCAGUGUAUGACAGAGAUAUGUGAUGAUAUAGCUAGGGUAAUAGCUUAAUAUCUUUAUACAAAAACUUUGUUCUUUAUGACAUACCAUAUUUGUGUUGCUGCCCCUCUGUUAGAAAUUCUGUAUGUAUACAUGUACAUCAUGUGAUAUACAUGUCAAAACAUUCCUGUUCUGCUUGAGUGUCAUAUCUAAAUGUUUCACAAAAAACUUAAAUGUCUUUUUAACAGGUUAUGUUAACCAGGUAUUUAUUUUACUGUGCUUGAUAUUUGAAGUAUUAGCGAUGUAUAUUUUCCAAAUGAACUUUAAUUCAUUGUAUAUUGGAGAAACAAAGUUAUUCUGUAGACAUUCCUUGCAGUUCUAUCUUAUUUCUUAUAAACAGGUGAGGGAAUGCAACAACGAAUUCUUAUUUUAUGGCGACUGCUUAUACAUGUACUAACAGUAACUUAAAAUUGAGGAAUUUGAAAGUUAUUUCACUUUUAAAAAAAUAAUUUUACAUCUAAGACAUAGCCAUUAAUGCUGAUAUGAAGCAUGAUAAAAACAAAUUAUAUAAAGAUAUCAAAUUGAUAUUAAAUGAAGAUUUUACAGAUAGAGAAUUAUUUAUUUAAGUAAGGAAAGGGAUAGUGCAUGGAUUUAUUUAUAUUUAAUAAAUGACGACUAUCUGCGAUGUUAUCUACUGAUUAACUUAACAUGACUGUUGUACAAGUGUCACAAUGUCUUGAUUUGCAUGUAUAUGUAGGCCUGAUUUUACACAAUUUCUAACUGUAUAAUGCUUUAAUUGUGUUUUAAUUUAGAUGUACAAUAGAAUAGAAAUGAAACAAAAUAAAUGAAGUAACAAAUUAA